UAUCAGCACAACUUUGUCUCAUUACUACAACAGCGAUUCCACUUUUGGUAUUGUACCGAAACCUAGAGGCCAGUUGGGAAUAUGCUUGCUUUCUAGCUAACAUAAGUAACUCAGUGAACGGAUGAUGAACGCAACGCCCAUCCUUGUAAAACCUCUCGAAUUCGUUACGUACUCGGCUUUAGCGAUCGAUUCGGAGCUUUUCUCUUCGUCAGGGAACUAUUUCUGCUGGUUUCAUGGAAGCAUUACGAAUCAGGCCUUUCUUUGGACAACAUACGAACACCAAUUAAGAGCAGUUCUAGACAUGGAAUCUGCGAUUUUUGCUCGUUGGGAGAGCAAAAUAAGCAACUGUUUGCCGAGUUCACUUUCACCUGGUUCGUAGCUGUCAAAGAGUACGUAACAGGAGAAGAGCACAUCUCUUGCGAAAAUUCCCAAUGGAGGGUAGGGAGAAACGUAGCCCCGGUUAUGGAUUCCGUCCCAAAUUAAUGUGGAACACUGGAGUGCAAGAGUAUCUCACUCGAGCCUAUGGAGCAAAGCAAUUUGAUGCAAUAUGCGAUGCCUUGAUGCGCCCUUGUAUCAACUCAACGCUCCGUGUGAACACCCUCCAAGCAAGUACGCCGGAGGUCAUUGAACAGCUGUACAAUGUUUUCAGGAAAAACUCGAUGAUCAUGGGUACACACCGUGUCGGUUCUCAGGUUCAGGGACUGGAUGAAAGCGGACAGAAACAAUGGCUAAACUCAAAUACUGAAGGAGCUAAUGCAUCUGCGGAACCCAAUGUAGAAAUUGGUCCAAAUUUUCCAUCAAAUAUGACUUUGAAGGAUGGAUCUGCAGCUUCUACAAUUCUGGAAUCCAGGGAAAGCAUUGAUGAUAAAUAUAGAAGAGUCAGUGCUGAGUUUCCAGAUUUUAGCUGCUGGGAACAUCCGGUUUUGAAAGACGUGGUGAUGGUUGGAGGACGUGGGCCAUGUGAGGUCGACUGCAGGGGUGAAGCUGGGGCAUCUGUCAAGGAGGUGGUGGUGAGCCGCAAGUGUGCUGAGGCAGUCCUUCGCGGAGCCAAUGUUUUUGUGCCCGGGGUGCUUGCAUGCAGUCAGCACCUAGAGGAGGGGGAUGUUGUUGCUGUUACAGUGGCCGUGGAGAGACCGGAUGGAGGUGGUGGUUGGUCUGUAGGCAUCACUCGCGGCACAACUCUUGAGUCCGAACAUGCUGUUAUCCAGAUGGAAGGUUCUACUCGCAGCAACUACUUUAUAGGGAUGGGGCGAAUGAUGAUGUCAAGGACCGCACUUUUUAGAGAGAUCAAAGGUGUCGCGGUUGAAAUGACUAAGAGGAUCUUCGAUCUUCCUCCAUUUCAUGGUGUAUUGGAAGGACAGAUCUUUCUCCAAAACCUUCCUAGUAUUGUGGCUGCACGUGUUCUUGAUCCAAAGCCAGGAGAAAGAAUUCUAGACAUGUGUGCCGCCCCUGGUGGGAAAACGACAGCCAUUGGCAUUCUGAUGAAAGACCGAGGAGAGGUUAUAGCACUCGACCGCUCUCACAAUAAGGUCUCGGACAUCAAGAACCUGGCGGAUGAAAUGAAGCUGAACUGUAUACAAGCUUACAAACUAGAUGCCACGAAGUCUGUUACACAAGAACCUCAUAUCGUGUUAAACGGUGAUACGAUAUCUCCAUCAAAAUCUAGCAGUGACAGCACAACUGCAAAUUUUUCUCAAGCACAAAUUGACUCAAUCAAACAACCGCGUCAUGUUUCAAUGUCCAACAAACAGUCUGGAACAACUACUAGUUCUCUUAGCCCCUACGAAAUCAAAGCUGCUGCGAGAAAGGAGCUAAGGAGGAUGAAGAACAGACUAGCUAGUGACAAAGCCGCUCUUCAAAGGAUAAAGAGUUUUCAGCCACAAAGCUUCGACAGAGUUUUGCUGGACGCUCCUUGUUCAGCUUUGGGCCUUCGUCCUCGCCUUUUCGCCGGUGAGGAAACUCUGGAAACCCUUAGACAGCACUCAUGCUAUCAACGGAAAUUGCUGGAUCAGGCUGUGAAACUAGUUCGACCUGGUGGAACUUUAGUGUAUUCUACUUGCACAUUAAAUCCAGGAGAAAACGAGGCCGUUGUCCGAUACGCCUUAGACACCUACCAUUUUCUAUCUCUCAUGCCUCAGGAACCAAGAAUUGGAGGACCGGGGCUGGUUGGGGGCCUCGAUGUCUUUGAUGGCAUGUCAUACAAGGAAUGGCUGAGAGAAGGAGAGAAACACCUCGUGCAAAGAUUCAGCCCGGGCGCAUCCUAUGAUACUAUCGGAUUCUUUAUAGCCAAGUUUUCUGUCUCUUUGAAGAUGGGCCAGUCUCGCGAUGACAUAAUUUAACAAAUCUGAAGAUCGUAAUUGAAGAAUCGGGACAAAAGGUUAUCCAGGAUCAUGAAAUAUACUUUCAAAUCCUAGUUCUGUUUACGCCCCACCGUAGAUAAUUUUAGUUGCUCUUCGACAACGCGGAACGUAGGCAUGACAUCAACAGAUAUUGGACUCUAAGGUGGACACACACUUAACUAGACCUUCAGGAUUUUGUUCAAGUCAUGCAUUGAGCCUGGAGAGAAUUAAGUCGAAAAGACGCUAGACGUAGAUUCUAGUCAAUACAGCUGACAUAUUCUCUGUCACAAAGAGGUAAAACCUCCGGACUGGGUCUACGAUUGAAGCAGAUCAAAAUACAGAGCGCACAAUUUUGAUCUUCCGUACUUAUCUGCAAUGUGAGGUACGUUUCUUGUCGGUGCUUAAUGCAUGG